CUUGGGACCCUUUGCUGCCCUCAGCUCAGAGUGCGGGUGAGCGGCGCGAACGCGGGAGGUCGGCACGCAGCAUGAACCUGGACGCGGGCGGCCGGGGCGCAGAGUUCGGCAUGAGCGCGGUGAGCUGCGGCAACGGGAAACUCCGCCAGUGGCUGAUAGACCAGAUCGACAGCGGCAAGUACCCCGGCCUCGUGUGGGAGAACGAGGAGAAGAGCGUCUUCCGCAUCCCGUGGAAGCACGCGGGCAAGCAGGACUACAACCGUGAAGAGGACGCCGCCCUCUUCAAGGCCUGGGCACUCUUUAAAGGAAAGUUCCGAGAAGGUAUCGACAAGCCAGACCCUCCUACUUGGAAGACACGGUUACGAUGUGCUCUGAACAAGAGCAAUGACUUUGAAGAACUGGUAGAGAGGAGCCAGCUGGAUAUCUCUGACCCCUACAAGGUGUACAGGAUUGUUCCCGAGGGAGCCAAAAAAGGAGCAAAGCAGCUCACUUUGGAAGACACACAGAUGGCCAUGGGCCACCCUUACCCCAUGACAACACAUUACAGCUCUCUGCCAGCCCAGCAGGUUCAUAACUACAUGAUGCCACCCCAUGACAGGAGCUGGCGGGAUUAUGCCCCUGACCAGUCACACCCAGAAAUCCCAUAUCAAUGUCCUGUGACGUUUGGCCCCCGAAGCCACCACUGGCAAGGCCCAUCUUGUGAAAAUGGUUGCCAGGUGACAGGAACCUUUUAUGCUUGUGCCCCACCUGAGUCCCAGGCUCCUGGAAUCCCCAUUGAGCCAAGCAUAAGGUCUGCUGAAGCCUUGGCACUGUCAGACUGCCGGCUGCAUAUCUGCCUGUAUUACCGGGACAUGCUAGUGAAGGAGCUGACCACGUCCAGCCCUGAAGGCUGCCGGAUCUCCCAUGGACAUACCUAUGACGUCAGCAACCUGGACCAGGUCCUGUUCCCCUACCCAGAGGACAAUGGGCAGAGGAAGAACAUCGAGAAGUUACUGAGCCACCUGGAGAGGGGACUGGUCCUCUGGAUGGCCCCGGAUGGGCUUUAUGCCAAAAGACUUUGCCAGAGCAGGAUCUACUGGGAUGGGCCGCUGGCGCUAUGCAGUGAUCGGCCCAACAAACUAGAAAGAGACCAGACCUGCAAGCUCUUUGACACACAGCAGUUUCUAUCAGAGCUGCAAGUGUUUGCUCACCAUGGCCGACCAGCACCGAGAUUCCAGGUGACUCUGUGCUUCGGCGAGGAGUUUCCAGACCCUCAGAGGCAGAGGAAGCUCAUCACGGCUCUUGUGGAACCUCUGCUAGCCAGACAGCUGUAUUAUUUUGCUCAACAAAACAGUGGACAUUUCCUGAGGGGCUAUGACUUACCUGAACACAUUAGCACUCCAGAUUACCACCGGUCCCUCCGCCAUUCUUCCAUUCAAGAGUGAGACGCCAGCAGCAGAAAGGAUUUUGUUUCAUUGUAAAUACCCUGACAAGACAGCUGAUUGGCACCCUUUUUCUUUGGAAGAGCUAAGAGAUGGGUGCACUGAUGAAGACAACAGGGAUUUGUGAGGGAAAACAGCUGCACCUGCUCAUCAGAGGAGCUUGUCCUACAACAGUGACUGCCAUCCAUGUCUUAACAGGUGCCGGUACUUUGGUGACUGUGCCCUGACUUUUAACUGUGAAACCAUUAUCAGUGACGUGUUUACAUGUCCUUAAAUGCUGGUGUCAAUGGGGUUUGCUUGAAGACUGAAAAACUGUGUCGGUGUGAAUCCCUGACAGGAGAAGGCAGACUUAAGUGUUAUUGGUCUAUUUCUCAGGAAAGUAAAGUCUAAACUGGAGACUACUCUGUCCACCAAUGAAGAAAUUCAUCCUUGGAUGGAGGAACUGUAGUUCUCCUGGGUCAUGCCACAGAGGAAAGAGACUAUAAUGUCCUAUAAUGCCCGGAUCAUGCACUCUAUCCAAGUGGACCCUGUGACCUAUUUGCUCUCUCUCCUUGGCCUUCUCUAAAAGCUAGAUGGUGGACUCUGUUGCCACAUACUUGAGUCAAAAAGCAUUCAGAAUCUAUAAAAUGGGACAUUUUUACAUGUCCUUUUGUAUAACAAUGGAUGGAAAUAAUU